UAUUUCUUCAAGUUCAUGAGCCAUGUGCUUACUUGAAAUGGUAUCUUAUUUCGGCAACUAUACAAUCAUGUUGUUCUUGAGGCAGGCUGCAAAAAUUCUUGCUAAUUUAAUUGUAAUGGGCUCUUCUAUAUUGGCAAGGGCUUUUGUUCAAGCAUAUAGUCAGGCAUUGUCCAAUGCCUCGAAGAAUGGUGUUGCUCAAGAAGCAGUGCAGAAUAUAAAAAGAUCUAGCAAAACCAUGACGGAAGCAGAGGCAAGACAGAUUCUUGGCGUCACAGAGGAUUCAUCAUGGGAAGAAAUUGUGCAGAAGUAUGACAGCUUGUUUGAGCGAAAUGCUAAAAAGGGGAGUUUUUACCUUCAAUCAAAGGUACAUAGAGCUAAAGAGUGUUUGGAAGAAGUUUACAAACCUAAAGAACCAGAAACAAAAUAUGAAAAUUAG